AAAUCAUGGGUUGGGAAAAACCAAGUCAUCGCGGAAAAUCAGCAGACCAGAGCUGCAGUUGAACUUGGAAGAAUUCAUAAACUCCAGCUCACAAUGGAUGUGUCUCCCAGAUUCUUAGAGCCUUGGUGUAUGGAUCCAAAGAAAUACAGUCUCGAGACAUGGUAUAACGAGAAUAUCCAAUGUGGGACGGAUGCUUUCGACAGGGACUGCAGAAAGGCAAUCGACGAAGUGGUCCAAAGGAUUUGUUCAUCGGGCGGUCUCCUUUUCAACUUUAACAGAAUUGUUAAGGGUGGCUCUCUUGGUAAAGGGACCAUGGUGAAGGACCUUUCUGAUGUCGAUCUGAUCGCCUUCAUCAAUCCACCAAACCUGGACCCCAUCGUCAGACUCGGACCAGCCGAAUACAAGCGCAAGCUGGCCGUCGUCAUCCGGGAUCUUCACUCAGCUUUGAAGAGUCUGUCGUUUGUGACGGAUGUUAGCAAGAAUGACCUAUUGGUUUACUUCAACAUCAACGUGGGCAGAAGGUGUCUGAAGGUCAAUUUUCUUCCCACUUCAGACAACUGUGAUGGCCACGGUCGAGCUCACUCAGAUAUGUUCCGUGCCAUGCUGCAGCUUCACGACAACCAUGACAGGGAGUUCUACUCCGCUUCCCUUGCCGAACAUCAGCUCAGCUUCGUCGGUAACCAGCCCCGGUACGUGAAGGAGCUAGUCCGUCUCGUGAAGUACUGGGCGAAGGAAUACCUCCAUGGGUAUCUCCAGAAUUCAUACGGCCUGGAGCUGAUCACCAUUCACCUUUGGGAGAAGGCUGGGAAACCCGUUAAAUUCAGCAAAGCCCAGGGGUUGAAGAGGGUCCUACGUGCACUGACGCGGUUGACGGCACUGCGUGUCACUAGCUGGUCUAGCUCCCGUCUGUACGACGCUACACUGGCACAAAGCGCAAUUACACAGCUUAGAAUGAUAAAUCCGAUUGUGUUGGACCCAGCCAAUCCGACAAACAAUGUCUGUCAGCUCUACCAGCAAGGGACCAACGGGAGAGAAAUCGCCUCAGCCGCCGGGCAGACCCUCCAGACUCAACUCCUGAUGAAGGUCAAAGUCCGUCAAGGGUGGAAAGCAGAGGGCGCCGGGAGCAACUUCAUGGCCGCGCAGGGAGGAGCACGGUCCGUCUUGGAGAUUGAAGAACCCUGGUGUUUGUCUGAGGGUGAUCUAGAGACUUGGUACAACGAGAACAUACAACUUGGAACGGAUGAAUUCGCAAGGAAGUGUCAGUCAGCAAUCAGCCGCGUGGUCAGAUUUGUCCACAGCAAUUGCUCUCUGGAUAUUCUGGAGUUUGAUGUUGACAAAGUCGUAAAGGGCGGAUCGCUCGGAAAAGGCACUAUGGUGAAAGACCUCUCUGACGUGGACCUGGUUGCGUUCGUCAACAAACCCUAUGUGCAACCCAUAGCAGAAAUUGGGAAAGAUGCGUAUAAGAAAACUAUUACAGGAAUAAACUUCAACAUAGCGUCCACUUUGGAGCUUAACCCAGACGUGAAAGACAUAAAACACGAUGAGUACGUAGUGAAGUUUGAGAUCGAUGUCGGCAGUCGAUGGAUUGAAGUCGAUCUUCUUCCCACAACUGACAAUAUUAAAUCUCAUUCUUCUUAUGAAGAAAUGUUCCGGUAUAUGCUAAGCAAAGGGCACAGGACGAGGCAGUACUGUUCGCCUUCAUUAGUUCAUCGUCAGGUGCAGUUUGUUAAGGAACAACCCGGCAACGUGAAGGAGUUGAUACGUCUGGUGAAGUAUUGGGCGUCUAGAUUCCUCCCUAAGUAUCUCCAGAAGUCAUACCCUCUGGAGUUGAUCACCAUCUACCUUUGGGAGAAGGCAGGGAAGCCCGGACGACGACUGAACAAAGCUCAGGGUUUGAGGAGCGUCUUGGAGGUUCUGACCAAUCUGGAGGAGCUGUGCGCUUCUUGGCAGUACAAGCACAAUGAUGAGCACAUCACACAAGACAUUAUCAAGAAAGACAACAUGAAAAGACCAAUCGUUUUGGACCCGGCCAACCCCACGUUCAACGUUUGCUACAUGUACCAGUGGAAGGAUAAGAUAACUGGGGAUCCUUUUAUGAAGGUGAUAAAGGCAGCAGCCGAAAGGACCCUCCGGACCGACCUCCUCAGAAACGUCACUGCAUGGCCAAAUUUGAGUGAGUAGGGCGCCCUCAACCGAAGCAAAGAGCGGUAUUUUACAGUAACACCUUACUCGCAAAGUAAAUAAAUAGCUUGCGAAUUCCUGCAUAUAUUCAGGUCAGACAAUCAUGCGUCAGGCCUCAUGAUUGAUUGUGUAACCCCACAAUUAUUUCUGUUUCCACAUUAGAGGUCGUUGCUUUUGGAUUUUAUUAAUUAUAAAUAACACUAGAAACGAGAAAGAAGAGGACAAAUUAAAGUACUCUAAAGUAGCGUAGUUUUUGAGAAAGGGGGAAAUUCUCACCUAAAAUGAUUUCAGGACAAAAGCUUUUUUACGCAUCCAAAAGCACACAAAUAUUUUGUUCAAGAAGGGUGUUUUUUUUUUAUUCUCUGGCAAAUUCGAUGCCCAAUUGAGUCUAAUGUUUACAAAUUUGUUUUAUUUUUUGCGUGUUGGGAUACACCAAGAAUUUGACAGUUACCGAAGGUGUCCAGUGCCUUUAACAAAACUCACAUUAUAAUCAAUACUACUUAAAAGUAGAAUACAAUGAUCCAUGUGACAUUUUGAGCGGAGUAGAAUACUUGUUUACUUUUCAAAUUGAUUGUGCGAAGUUAUUAAAAUUUUAAACAACGGCAUCAGGUUAUAAUAAUUAUUAAGUAUAUAGGCCUACACACACUUGUCAAAUAUAUUCGGGAUAUUUUAUAACAAUGCAUUGUGUUUUGGGAGUAAAAAAUGUAUAGUUAAUAGGCUACGGGGCGAGUUAAUAAUAGUCACUAAUCGAAACAUUUCCGAAACGUUACUUUUGGGCAACUCUCUUGUAGGGUAAACCUUGUGAAUGGUGAAAGCGUUGUCCAAAAUAUAUUUUGCAGAUGGUAAAUUGGAACACUGUCUUUCUUUACAUAACUUAUACUAUUAUUAUUUUGCUUUGGUGUAACUUUACGAAUAGGCUUAAUAUCAAUAGAAGAAAACCUAGGAAAGGAACACGUUGCCUUGGAUCGGUCGAGUUGGUCUUUGAAAAGCGUUUGUAACCGUUUUUUUAUAAAAUGC